GUUUAUCACGUGAUUGUCACGUGAUAUUUUCUCCCAUUGUCAAUUGUCACGUCCAAUUGUCACUCCCUCCAAUUGUCACGUGAUAUUUUUAUAGGCAAUAUGUAGGCGUUCAACUAGUGUUAAGAGUAAGAACUGCAACUUUCGGUGUUCGAUCGUAGAGGGCGGGCCUAUCUGCCUGCCGGCGGAGGUCGCUGACCGGUCGCAGGGCAGUGUGUGAUCGGAGCCGAGCGCAGAGAGUGCGGCACCUGUACUGAAGUGUUAUCUUGAUCGGGAAGCAAAUACAAGGCUGUCGUCGCCUCGGUCCGGGAGCGGAAAUUUCUGCAGCAAUGCGGCGCCGAGUCACGGUCCCGCCGGGUCUCCCCGCUAGUUGCGGAUGAAGCCGGAACAAAACGGCCAGCCGGCGGGCCGGGUCGCCGGCGGGGCAGCCCGGGUGGUGCUGGUGCGUCACCUGGCCGCCGUCACCGUGCUGCUGCCGCUGCUGGCGCUCACCCUCUGCUACGCCCUGUCGCUCUACAUGCACUUCGACCUCGCCAACCGGACGCACUGUCUGGUCUUCAACUUCUUCCCCUCCAUCUCGUCUGCUGCCGGCAAGUUCUCGCCGCAAAAGUUCAUCUGGCGCGCGCUGCUGGCGCUGCACCUGGCGCCGCGCGUGCUGCUCGGUUAUCUGACGCACGCGCACCUGGCGCGCGUGCUGCGCCAGUCGCCGCGCUGCCGCCGCCUGACGGCCGCCUGCCUGCUGCUGUACGCCCUCGAGCAGGCCGGCCUCUCUGGGGUGUCGUUUGUCGGCUCGAUGGAACACUACACACUGCACAAGGUGUCGUUCAUCGUGUUCGUGGCCGCCUCCGAGGCGUACAUGGUGCUAGUGACGGCGCUGUUGUCGCGGUGCCGCGCCGCGCCACCCCCGCCGCACGAGCAGACCUCGCUGCGCUGGAAGCAGCGCCUCCUCACCCUGAACGUGUUCAGCCUGGUAGUGGCCAUGUACCUGUUUGUGCGGCACAACACCUACUGCGAGCCGGGCGUGUACUCGCUGUUCGCCAUCUUCGAGACGUGCAUGGUGCUCUCCAACAUGGCCUUCCACUUCACUUCCUACUGGGACUUCCACGACCUGCAGCUGUGCAUCGCCAGGGUGGCGCAGGACUAGAGGACCCUGAAGGAGGGCAGCAUGUUCGCCGGACACCGUCCUGCACCUAUCCGGCACCUUCUUACCUCAGCUGGGCUGCAUGAUGCUAGUUAGUAAAUGCACCCAGCGCUGUGAUAUCGAGGUCUAGUCACCAGUUACGGCUCUUCCGGCAUGCAAUAAGCUGUUGAAAAUCGUUGAUGACCUCAUUGAAACGUUCCAGUCGAUGUUUGUGUUGUGGAUGCAUUUGCAAAAGCUUCAUUGUAGUUCUUCAUUGUUAUUUAUGUUGCUUUGCUUUUUUAUUGGUUCUUGAGUAGGUAUGCACUGUUGGACAUUGGUGGCAUUUGUAUGAAAUAGGGUACCUACCUGAUAUAAGUGAAAUCGCCGUGAUUUAGAUAUUAUCGUUGUACUUAUUUAUCCUCCUUUUGCCUGUUCUUAUAUAUUUAAAGUUAAAGUUAAUUUUAAAGUUUAAUUUAAAGUUAGAUAGGUUUUUAAAUCUAUCUAAUUAAAAGUUAAAUAAUUAAAGUUAAUUAAAAGUUAAUUAACUUUUAAGUUAAUUCAAUUAAAGUUAAUUAACUUCAAUAAGUUGAUAAAAAGUUAAUCUAACUUUAAUAUAAUUUAAAGUUAGAUUAAUUUAAAGUUAAAGUUAGAGUUAAAGUUAAGUUAAAGUUAGAGUUAAAGUUAAAUUAAAGUUAAUUUAAUUGUUAAAGUUAAAGUUAAUUAACUUGACAAGUACCAAUUGUAUAUUCAUACGAAGUGAACCAUGCAUAUUAUUCACUCAAGUUCACUUCCCUCUAGGCAUACGUAAUUACGCCUAAUAAUACAACUGCAAAAGGCUUCGUAACGAAAACAACAAAAGUGAUUUAGUUACCCGCUUUCUCUUGUUCAAAAAGGGCGAUUCAUACAAAAAGUAUGCCAUUAUCUUUUAAUGUUCCUGGUUCCUGCAGUAUGCUACUACAUACGUUUCACCCAACCGCACCAGUUAGCUUUGCUUGGAUAUGUCAAAAGGUAUAAAUGCAUGCUGCGCUGCUUAUCAUCGAGAUAUGGUUCCUGUAUGCAUAGUCUUUAUUCUUGUAGUCGGUAGCCAGUCCGUAUACCUUGCAUAUCCGAGGCCUGCUGAGUGCUGAUUGCUUAUGCUUUUUGACCAUUCUUGCAGUGCUGAAUAAGGAGAGACAGAUCGUCUCAUCCUGAGGUCAUUUAAAUAGUCUGCGAGUUGCUGUUACUUACAUUUACCCAUGGUGUAACCUAUAUCCUACAGUGAAAAUGUGGAUGAUAAUUAACUAUUUGUUGUAUCGCCUGUACUGUGUGAUUAUACUCGCUGUUUAGUUCAUCGACAUCUGUGUAGGUACCUACUUGUUUCGUAUCGUUAUCAUCUUCUUGUCUCUGUCUUUCGCUCUUUUCUCUUGUUUCUGUCAAUCGCUGGCUUGCUCGGACCGGCCAAAGGUCACCAGCCGGGUUCACCUAGAACCGUUCUUCGAAGGUCAGACCAGCCACGUUGGAACGAUGCUGUGGACAGAGCCGCAGGAAUACUUCAUCCAUGGCCGCAGCAUUUUCACCCAAUGGGGCCGGCAGAGCUGCGGCAUUUGACGCCCGGAAAACCGGUACCUCUCCUAACGGUGCACACACACACCGUUCCACUGGCACCUGGCUCCGGUGGGAAGCGGUGACGCAUGUCGGCCCCGGGGGACGUCUGAGUGCCUCCAGCCGGCCGUGAGACACGCCGCCGCCGCCGGCCGCCCCCGCCCAGAGCCGGAGUGACACGUGGCGAUCUCUGGCGACGCCGGACUAUGAGCCGUAGAUGUCUGGCGAGCCAGUUUAACUCGCCACGCCCGGGGAGCGCCGAGAGAAAGUGCCUGUUCCACCUGCACAGGUCACCUGAGGUCACGUGAGGUCAUCCACGUGUCAUGUGCCUUCUACCCGCGGCCCAGAAGUGCCACGUCAAUGGAAAGUCGGCUGAAAACUGCUGACCCGGGCCGCUGUCAGAUGACCACGUGGGGCCAGCGCCGGUCGUAACAGAGACAGGCGUCACAGUGACGUGACGCGCUCUGUGACGGGUCGCGUCACGCCGACCACCACGUCACGCACGUGGCUUGUGUGACGGCUCAGCUCAAGCUGCGACUGGCGGCUGUGCGACGAUUGAUUGAAUUUGCUUUUAUUAAAUAUUUCCUUGCUUAUACACUGGUCACUGUUGCAGUGAUGUUAUCAUCAACGAAAGUUUGUUUUCGCUUCUUGAUAUAUAGCAGUUGCUACUCGAGGGCAGCGCUUUUCGAGGAGCGCUGUGGCCCGAA